CUUCAUCAUUUCAAACAUCACCCUCCCUCUUCACACAUGCUUCAAUAGCACCAGAAGCCACAAGCACUGUCAUCCAGUCAAGCGAGCGAGAUGUUCAAAGCCACCUCACGUAACCCUCAGGCCGGACCUUCUUCCCGCCCAGGAUCGGGCUCGAAUCCGGAAGUCAAGAUCAAUAGACGGUUGAGCGGGUCGGGGCCUAGUUCGAGGUAUCCUUAUAGGUUGAAUUUCUAUGAACGACCGCCGACGAUGGACAUUACGCUGGAAGAAUUCGAGAUCUUUGCGAUCUCACGGUUAAAAGUCCUCACCCAAAUCCACGCACUCCUCGACCGUUCCCUCCCCCAGCAACAAUACCGAGAACUCUUAUCAUCUACGAUCAAGCAACAUGCAGCACUGUCGAGUAAUACGGCGAGGAAUGUACGGUUGGAUGAGGAGAGACGGAGGGAUGAGGUAGGGCAUUGGGUGCUGAGGUUGGCUUUUUGUCGGAGCCCGGACCUAAGAGAGAAAUUCAUAAAGACCGAAUCGGAGCUGUUUCGGUGGAGGUUCGAGACGGACGAUGCGGUGGAGAAGCAAGAGUGGUUGAAGAGUUUGAGGUUUGAUUGGGUUACCGUGGACCAAGCGGAAAAAUCGUUGUUGUUGAAGAACCUCGCUUCGUGCCUGCCGAAGAACGCCAACGAGUCGCAGGUGAUGGGAGAUCAUUACGUCAAGGUCCCGUGGUAUACAGUACCCGACCUCGUGUCCACUCGGCGCGUUUACAUUACGGGGGGGAACGCCUACGUACCACAGGCUUAUCAGAUCAGUCUCGUACUCCAGGCUUUCAGGGAGAGGUUGGGCAAGGCUUUGGAGAUGACGGCCAAAUCGUUACCCCGGAUGAACGAGGACGACCGUCUGAUGCCCAUCCUCUCGCACCUCUCGCUCUCGUUCCUGACCAACAUUUCCGCCAACGACAACAAUUUCUUUGGAGAGCAGGAUCCUAAUUCGGAGAAAGUCACCGCGGACAUGGUCGAUGCGCUCGCGGUCAAGCAUUUCCCGGCGUGUCAGUAUAACCUGUGGAGGAGGUUGAAACGGGAUAGGCAUUUGAAGCAUUAUGGGAGGUUGCAGUUUGGGUUGUUUUUAAAGGCCCUGGGACUGCCACUGGACGAGGCGUUGGUCUAUUGGAGACGCGGUUAUGGGCAGACCAUGAGCGACGACAAGUUUAACAAGGAGUACAAGUACAAUAUCCGGCAUUCGUACGGACAAGAGGGGAAACGGACGAAUUACCCAGCGAAGAGUUGUCAACAGAUCCUCACGGGUGCUCAGCCGGGCGCACAAGACUCUCACGGAUGUCCUUACCGCCAUUUCGCACCGGAACAAUUACAACAACUCCUCGUCGAGGCUUACCCGGUUAUCCAGGUCGGCUCGCUGGAACUGCGCGAGGUGAUGGAUUCGGUGAAGAAGACGCACUAUCACGUGGCGUGUACGAGGGUGUUCGAGUUGACACAUCAGGGGAACGUCAAGAAGGGCGAAGGGAUCGGAGGGGGGAAUAUGGUCAAUCAUCCGAACGAGUAUUAUAACAAGAGUUUGGAGUAUGAAAAGGAAAGCAAGGGAGUGGCCGAGCCUAUGCAGACGGAUUGAUCGGACGCAAUGAAUGUGAUAUAUUGUAUCGAUUGUCAUCUUGUAUCGAUCGUUUCCGGAGUCUGUGGGACGUCAACGUUGCUGCUACCCGUUUCGGUCGCGCGUAGAAUGUUCAUCAACCGACUCUCGAGUCCUCGACCUAGAUCUUUCGUCAUCAAGUCGA